GGGGCGGUGGCCGCGGUGCUGACAGCAGCUCCCCGCCCCCGCGGCUGGCCACGUCCCGCACGUAGCGACCGGGCCGGCGGCACAGAGCUUCAGGCUGGCGCCGGGGGCUCCGGCUCCUCCGGCGGGGCUCGGGAUGAGGCUGGCGAGCCUGCUCCGAGGCGGCCGGGGCGUCCGCUGCGCGGUGCCCAGUGCCAGCCGCAGUCUGGGCUCGGCCUCGGGCUCCGGGCCGGAGUCGGAGCGUGGCGUUCCGGGCCAGGUGGACUUCUACGCGCGCUUCUCGCCGUCGCCGCUCUCCAUGAAGCAGUUCCUGGACUUCGGAUCAGUAAAUGCUUGUGAAAAGACUUCCUUUAUGUUUCUGCGACAAGAGUUGCCUGUUAGGUUGGCAAAUAUAAUGAAAGAAAUAAGCCUCCUUCCAGAUAAUCUUCUCCGGACCCCAUCCGUACAGUUGGUACAAAGUUGGUAUAUCCAGAGUCUUCAGGAGCUGCUUGAUUUUAAGGACAAAAGUGCUGAAGAUGCUAAAACUAUUUAUGAAUUCACAGACACAGUGAUAAGGAUCAGAAACCGGCACAAUGAUGUCAUCCCAACCAUGGCUCAGGGUGUGACCGAAUACAAGGAGAGCUUCGGGGUGGAUCCUGUCACCAGUCAAAAUGUCCAGUACUUUUUGGAUCGAUUCUACAUGAGUCGCAUUUCAAUUAGAAUGUUACUCAACCAGCACUCUUUAUUGUUUGGUGGAAAAGGAAGCCCAUCUCAUCGAAAACACAUUGGAAGUAUAAAUCCAAACUGUGAUGUAGUUGAAGUUAUUAAAGAUGGCUAUGAAAAUGCUAGGCGGCUUUGUGAUUUGUAUUAUGUUAACUCUCCUGAACUAGAACUUGAAGAACUAAAUGCGGUUUCACCAGGACAGACAAUACACGUGGUUUAUGUCCCAUCCCAUCUCUAUCACAUGGUGUUUGAACUGUUCAAGAAUGCAAUGAGGGCAACCAUGGAACACCAUGCUGACAAAGGUGUCUAUCCUCCAAUUCAAGUUCAUGUCACACUGGGCCAGGAGGACUUGACCGUGAAGAUGAGUGACCGGGGAGGUGGUGUUCCCCUGAGGAAGAUUGACAAACUCUUCAACUACAUGUACUCGACUGCACCCCGGCCUCGUGUUGAGACGUCCCGUGCGGUGCCGCUGGCUGGUUUUGGUUAUGGAUUGCCCAUAUCACGCCUCUAUGCACAGUACUUCCAGGGAGACCUAAAGCUGUAUUCCUUGGAGGGCUACGGGACUGAUGCUGUUAUUUAUAUUAAGGCUCUGUCAACAGAAUCCAUCGAGAGACUCCCCGUGUAUAACAAAGCUGCUUGGAAGCAUUACAGAGCGAAUCACGAGGCCGACGACUGGUGUGUCCCCAGCAGAGAGCCGAAAGACAUGACCACAUUCCGAAGCUCUUAGAUGCACGUGGGACAGCUGGAAAAUCCAGAUGUGGUUUAUGCCGAGUUUGGAAGAGAUGUGUUUGGAGGCACAUUGUACCAAAUAUGUCACGUGUGAUUUUCACAGUUCAUGUUUGCUAAAGCUCCUGAAGGAUCAGUUACACCAACUUUAUUCUGAUAUGUUUGGUUAAUUGGACAUAUUUUUAAACACUCAUAGUUUUGGUCAACUUCCCUCUGUGCGGCAGACGUAUGGAGUGUGAAGUCUCUGGGUUUCUGUAGGAAGUUGAGUAUUUUUUUUCAAGUUUUCAUUUAUGUCUGCUAGAAACAUCUAAAGGAUGCGGAGUAGCUGGUUACCUGCCUGCUUUGGAGUUCUGUCAUCUGUUAGUGGUAACACCUAAUCAGAUGGUUUUUUCAUCCCCCACGAAAGCAGAACACAGUGGUACCAGUAGGACCUUUCGGCAUUUAUGCAUUGUCUACAGAAAUUAACUGAUCAUGGCAUAGUUUUAUUGCAGUGCAUGGUAAUGACUGGUUCCUCACAGAGCUAAGUCCAGAUCAUGGGUAGUGGGCUCAGGAUCAGUGCAAGGGUUUCCUUUGAAAACUGUGUCUUGCCACGUAGCCCUAGCUGGCCUUGAACAUAAUGCCCUUCCUUAACCUCCUGAGCGCUGCAACAAGAAGGGUGUGUCUAGCUUAUAAGAGAAAUGCUUAUUUCCCAAGCAAGAAAAGUAGCAGAGAAUAAACUAGGGCGAAAGCACCAAGUGCCCGACUGAGCCAACGGGCUGUUGAGAUUAUCUGAUGGAGAUUAUCUGAAGAACUGGUUUCUCUGGGUCUUGCUCCAGGCAUCCAGAGGCUGAAGGCCAGAGAUGAGCUUCUCCAAGUAGGUGAGGCUCACAGUGGGCCUGGCUAAAGCCACACUUCAUAGUGAAUAAUGACACCACUGCUGUUGCCAAAGUGACAGAAUGGAUUGGUAUAACCUUUGGUUCCCUGUUUCUGGACUUUAGGGGACAUAAUCCGAACCUCAGGCCUGGUACAAUUGAAAGCAGAAUCAUGAACAGGGAGAACCUCAGUCACCUUGGUUUUAAGUGGUGACUACAGAUACGUAUUGUUCAAAAAGUGCCGAGAUUUUGUUUUUUAAACAGAGAAAAGUCAACUUAGAUUGGCUAUAAAAAUCUUUCGCGUCUGUGUGGUCAUUUAAAGUUUGCGAAUGCUUUGAAAUAUUAGGACGUUAUUUGUGUCACAACACAGAGCCAUGGAGCAGGUAGUGACACCUUGAUUCUCACUCAGAGUGACCCGAAGCCACACAGAAUCGGAGCCACAGCCUGAGCUAUCCCUGCUCAUCGCUGUCAUCUGUCGGGAUGUCCUUACUGGAUCUGUUGAGUGAUGAGGAAAUACUGUGAGAAUGUGCUUUCCCACUUAAGCUGGAGGGAUUUGGGGGUUUGGUUUGGAAAAUGCUGUGAUGGGAUUUAUCAAAUUUCACUGUGUCCCAUAAAUAUAUACAGUUUAAUACAAAAGCCAAAUCAUGCAACACGGCACAAAAUAGGAUUUUUGUACAAAAUGAUAGAAACGUUAUAGAUUGAGGAUACUCCGUGGUGGUCAGCCCAGAACCCUCAUGGGAGGGGUGAGGGCCUGAACUCAGGUCCUGUUGGCCCAGGGCUUAGCUAAUAUGACCAAAUGUUGGAAAAGACGCACCUCCUAGUGUUCUAAUUGAGGACUUUGUAAGGAAUAGAAGGCGUUCCUGAGUGACGUUUACUCCAUGUGUUACACUUACUAGCUUUAAAUUACAUUUUCCUGCAACGCUGAAGUAUUUUGGAAUCUUUUGUACACCUGUCAAUAAAUGUACUAUUUUUACUUGUGAAAUACUUUUCCCUCUCCAAGGAAUUAAAAAGUUCCCCCUCUGACUUAAGAGCUAAGAAAUGUUUUCAGACAAGAAGUAGAAUUAUUUUACUUCAGCCCCCCUUUUAAGGAGUAACACCUUUUUGCUUUGUUGUCAUGGCGAUGGAUAGAAAAGCAUGUGUGGAAAUGUUCUGGGGAGGGGGUGCUUUCUCAGUGUGGCUUUGAAAGAUUCCUAAAAGGCUUUUAGAUUCUUAAGGUGAGCUGUUUUGUCCGCCUGCAUUAAUUUUAUGUGGUAUAGGUAGAGAAAUAGAUUGAUGGUCGGGGAGCUGAUAGCAAGGGAUUUUUAUAACCUGGGAAGUUAAUGAGUGUGCCAGUGCUUUGUAGGAAAGGGAUUGUAAGAAUAUUCCACACUGAAGUUUAAAAUGCUACUUGGUUUCCAUGUCUUUAUACUUAAAAAUGGUCAGCGCCUUCCACUGCGGAGUUUCUACAUGGAGAUAGUGAAGCAGAAUUUUACUGUAUUUUAAGAGGUUUUCCCAGUGACAGUGAGCUGAAAACUUGGAUCAGCCCUUUUUCAAUAAAUCUGAGUCAUUUAUGGGAUACACUCAUGUCUUUUAAAGAGUGAUCUCUAGCCGGGCGAUGGUGGCGCACGCCUUUAAUCCCAGCACUUGGGAGGCAGAGGCAGGCGGAUCUCUGUGAGUUCGAGACCAGCCUGGUCUACAGAGCUAGUUCCAGGACAGGCUCCAAAGCCACAGAGAAACCCUGUCUCGAAAAACCAAAAAAAAAAUAAUAAAUAAAUAAAUAAAUAAAUAAAUAAAUAAAUAAAGAGUGAUCUCUCUCUGGUGCCCUGCUCUGGCGUGCGGGCAUACAUCGAGGCAGAAUGUUGUAUACAUAAUAAAUAAAGAGUGAUCUCUCUCAUCAUCAAGGCUCAACAUUCUAUCCCAGAAAUUGUAAGUAGGUGUCAGCACACUUACUCAGCAGGUAAAAGCAGUGGCCGCCAAGCCUGACAAGCUAGUUCUUUUCUCAGGACACACAUGGUAGAAUAGAGAACCAACUAACCCAUCAGCUGUCUUCUACAUGUGUGUGGCAAAGCAGGCAUCCCCUAUACAUACCACACAAAACAAAAUGAGGCCAGUUGUAGCUAGGCGUCCUAUACUCUGCUACCUAUCUAAUAGUCAAGAGGUGUUUGAGGCAGGUUUCCACUGUGUAUGGUCUAGUGAGGAAGCAGGUAGUAGAGUUUGUGUGGUUUGAGUUACUCUGGGUUCUCAUUAUCUAACACGCUGCCAGUGAUUGAUGUUUACUGCAUCAGUGGAGAACUGAUGUAAAAUUUGAAAAACUAUAUAAAUAAAUCCAAGUAACUUUCUAUAGUACAAACAAUUGUAGGAAAGGGCUUAAUUUAACCAGCACUACCUUCUAUCUAGUACUAAUGGAGUGUCUAAACUCUUAUAGUCAAGACAGAUCACAUCCUAGUCCUCACAGAUAGCACGGAAGCACCACAUCUUCCUCUCACUGUUAAAAUCAGUAAGUUCCAGCCAGCAUGGUGGCACAUGUGUAAGGGAUCUCUUCAGUGUGAGCCAGCCUGGUCAGCAGAGGGAGUUCGGGCCAGCCAAUUCUACAUAGUCCCUGUGUUUUUUGUAUGUUUUAAAAAUCAAUAAGGUUCGGAGCAAUUACAGAGGGAGGGGAAAGAGUGGUGUAGCUCUGCAAAUGGCCAAUUAGGGAGGAAGCCCAGCUGAUAGACUUUGAGUUUACGUCAUCAGUUUCACAAGGAAAUGUGAAGCUUCAGAGGAUAGAUGGCCAGGUUGAAUUUGGUUGUUUUUACUGGAGGAACUUCUCAUUAUAUCUGAUUAACUUUUGGUCAUAAUACUAAUAAUUUUUUCACAGUCGAAUCCAAGACACUCAAAGAACAAUGCUUUGUGUAGGUUUUUUUAAUGUCAAAUGAAUGCAUUCCUAUUUUACUUAGUCCUGGCAUUUGCAAACUGCCAUUCAUAUCAUUUGUCUACUUUUGUGUUUGGAAAGAAUUAAACAUUU